UUUUUAUUGAAUAUAAUUAAGAGUAACCGUUGUAUUCGAAAGGAAUCGUGUCGCAAAAUACAGUUUACAUUUUAUACCAUAAACGCAGAUGAAAUAAACAAUAUUUAAUGCAUGAUUUAAAAAGUAGAAAGUUUUGUAGUUGCAUCCACACAGUUCGUUGAUUUUGUGAAAGUGGGGCUUAAUAUCUUAUCUAUAAGUGGGACAGAGUUUGCAAUUCAACAUUUAUUAUUAAAAUUUGGCUUAAUUAAAAGAAGAUCAAAAAAUGUCUUCAGAAACAGAAAAUACAGAUUUGGAAAUAAUUAAAGAAUGGUUAAAUAAACAGCAUCAUUUACCACAAAACAUUGACAAAGCAUUAAUAAAUAGAUUUUUGCAUACCUGCAAAGAUAGUAUAGAGCAAACAAAAUCUUUAAUAGACUUGUUUUACACAAUAAGGGCACAAACUCCGGAAAUAUUUUCAAACAGAGAUCCCGCAUCGGCAGAAAUUCAAGAGAUUUUCAAAAAUUUCGAUUUUGUUCCAAUGCCCACUUUGACUAAAAACAACGAUAAAAUUUUUGUGUACCAUAUAAAAUCGCCGGAUCCGGAUAAAUAUCAUUUUAUAAACGCAUUAAAAGCGUUUUUCAUUUUCGCGGAUGUAAGAAUGGUUAUCGAAAAAGAAAUACCCAACGGAGAAAUACCGAUUUUUGAUAUGACGAACUUUACAAUGAAGCAUCUUCCAAAAAUCAAUUUAAACGUUUUGAAAAAAUAUAUGAUAUAUACACAGGAAGCGCAUCCAAUAAAUCUAAAAGAAAUUCAUCUUCUCAACGCACCGCCUUUUUUGGAUAGAUGCAUGCAUAUGGUUAGGCCUUUUAUGAAAACAGAAGUGGGGAAAAUGAUCCACACUCACUUACCUCAUUCUGAAACACUAUAUGACUAUGUAUCUAAAGAUUUACUUCCAGAAGAAUACGGUGGUACUGCUGGGAAAAUAUGUGAUAUUAAAGCUUGGUGGUUGAAGAAAAUUAUGGAACACAGGGAUUACAUAAUCGAUGAAACAAGAUGGAGAGUUGACGAAAGCAAAAGACCUGCUAAUAAUAAUAAUUCAGCUAAAGCAAUGUUUGGGUUGGAGGGAAGUUUUAGGUCAUUAGCUAUAGAUUAAAUAUUAUACGUUUAUGAUAUUUAUAUACUUACUUUUUUGUUGUAUACAAUAUUAUAUAUUUUUUUAUUAUAAAUAUUCAUUUAUAGAGUGUGAAUAUUAAAUAAGUGCAAAUAUUUUCGGGCUGGUAGAUCUCGAUAAAAGAAACAUAUUAUAUUUUCUUUUUACCGUUUUUCAAAUACUAAGUCCAAAAUAACUGAGUUAUAUUACUUUGAAAAUCUCCAAAAAAAUAUAUUUGCUUAAAUUUUAAGAACUACUGGAUCUUUCUUGUAAUUUUAAUCUACUACCUUUGCUGCCAUAUUAUCAUGAAAUUAUGUUUUUUAAUUAACAACUAAAGAAAUUUUCAAAAUAUUCCAAAUUUAAAAAAAAAUCGAUAAAACAUCAUAAUCGUUUUUCUCUGGGUUCGAAAUGUACUACCCCUAAAAAUAUGUGCACUUAUUUAAGACUCACCCUGUAUUUGUACAAGUGGUGCUGAACUAAAACGAACAAAUCGUAUUUUAAAGCUUUAACAAGUUUAUAUUUAUUUUCAAUAAAAACAUAACAAAUAGAAGAAAUUAUAAAAACGAAAUCCAAAAAUACAGUCGUUAUAAAAAAAUAUUCAGCCUUUUCUGGAGUACAUGCUAUAAAACUAUGUCAGGCUGACCGUCCAGACGUUUGUUUAGAUUAUAUCAUUCCAAUUACAACCUAAAACACAAAACUCUUCGUCGUAAAAUUGUUUGAAUUAGAGAUUGCAUUUAUUAAAG